AUGGCCAGAUUCUGCCCAAGCCUGCUGCUCCUAGUGGCUGCUGUUGUCCUCGUGUCCAAAGGUGUCCAUGCCUGGGGCUCACCAAAGGUGGUGAGAAAAUUCCAAGACAUCCCGGAAACCUAUGUUUAUGUGCAACAGGCACUGUGGUUCGCCAUGAAAGAGUAUAACAAGAUCAGCAAAGACAAGUACAUCUUCAAGGUGGUGAAAGUUCUAAAGUCCCAGGAGCAGGUCACAGAUAGUUUGGACUACUUUCUUGAAGUCAAAAUUGCCCGAACAAUGUGCAAGAAAAUUUCAGGAGAGAAUGAAAACUGCUUAUUACAAAAGAAUCCGAAAAUGCAAAAGGAGUUCCUUUGCACCUUUAUUGUUGCAUCCAGACCCUGGAAAUUUGAACUCACUAUGCUGAAGCAACAAUGCAAAGAUAUCUAA